AUGGGUAAUGAAAACUCUCAUAUUGCCAAUGCUUGUAACGCUGAGAUCAUGAUCUACUUUCAAUCAACGAAGCUACACAUCUCGGAGAUAGCAUUUGAAGUCACUACGGACACAGGUGUAAAAGCUUCAGAAAAGGAGGUUGAAGCACAUAAUAACUUAGCUACAAAGUUAAAUGUGAACCUAAAGCCAGAUUCUAGGAUCCAGUACAUAAGAUGUCCUUCAAGAGAAUACAUUAAGAUUCCUCUGCAGGGAACGAUCUAUGUGACAGUCAUUGCAAAACGUGGAGAUAAGAAUGAGCUGAUGUGCAUGAACUUCAUGGUUCCAAGUGAUCGAUCAAUCAUUGUCAUUGAUAAUGGGAUGGUCAAAUUUGCCAAGUAUGGCUCCUUGUGGAAGGAUGAGGAUGACAGAUAUUACUAA